AUUUGUUAAGAUAGGAAAUUCGACUAGUAGCCUAGAUCUACUAGUUUGAUCGAUGGUAAUAGUUGGAAAUUUACAAUGUUAUAAUAAAAAAGUGUAGGUGGCCCUAGUCAACACCGAGCCACUGUGAUUAUAAAUGUGGAUACUGUGGAUCCUUUGAUAUAGUUUCAAUAUAUAUUUUAAAAUAAAAAUUUAAUAAAAUAUAUCCUUUUGUUUACAAAUUUAGUAUGCAGCGGGAAAAAAUGAUAUCUCUUUCUUUCUAUUUGGCACUAUUUGUGUUAAUCGACAACUUUAUUUUACCACUUCUACAAGACUAUGUCAGUUUGAAAACCCUUUCAUCAAUAACAAUUACAUUAUUAAUAAUCGUUCUUUACAAGUAUUUGCAUUGGAAAACUAACUUACAUAAAACCAGCUUUAAACUAGAAAACUGUACAUCAGCCAACCAAAUUUCAGAGCGUCCCAAAAACUUAAAUUUUUCUUUAAAAUUAGAAUGUGACACUAAACAGACACAUAAUAUCCCUGAAAAAAAUAUUUUCGGUUUAAACGUGUUAAACGAUUCAGAUUCUGAUGUUAGCCUGGAUGCAAGUAAAAAGUGCCAACUAUGGAUUAACAGCACAGAAACUGAUGAAGCUAUAAACAUACUUUUUAUUGACGAGUUGAAAGAAAUUCUCAAUUUAGGUAGUAGUUUAGUUGAAGGGACUUAUAAGAUCAAAGAGAAGUGUCAAAUCUUAGAAGAAAAGUAUCAAAACUUAACUGCCCAAAUACAAUUAGAACUAUUAAAAGCGGAUGAUGUCUCCGUUUUGGAACAACUAAAAAAUCUAAAAUUAUUAAGAAACAGAUUAUUGGAAGUGCAAACGUGGUGUAAAAGUCAAAAGAAGAGCUUCCUGAAGCUGAGAGAGGAAUUAUUAGGCAGCUUCCAAGUGUUCAGAUCUAGCUCCACCAACACAAGUCACGGUUCUCUAGCCUCUUCUUUAUUCCAAAGUGUUUAUAAUCGAAUGAUAAGCGUGAAAAAUGAACUGCCGUUACAAGCAAUGAAUCUCCCAAGUUUGUUAACACGACAUUCUGCUAAAUAUAUGUCAGUGAAAGUUGAAGCACAUCAAAUCUGUCUAACGUUAGUGUUGUUUUUGAAUGCUUGUUUCUGUAAUUCAGAUUUUUUACAACGGUUUUAAAUGUUCUGAUAAUUUCUUUUUUUUUAAUACUAGAAUCAAUUUGAAAAGCACUAAAAGCCCUCAAAAACUUUCAUUAGAAUUAAAAAAAAAGUUUUUAUUAACAUA